AUGUCUUCCUUUUUGUCGUCCUUUGUACCUACGCUAUUUGGUAAUGACGGAGUUACGCGGAGGCCAGACACAGCACUCGGCACGUGCCACAACACGAAGGUUAGGCAACGUUCCAAGGGGAGUCCAUGCAAAAGAGAAUCGAGAGCUCAACGGGGAGUAGCCAGUUGUCGUGAUGAAGACAGCGCUGAUGGGAGCGGUGAAGGGAGCAGUGAAGACAACCAUGAAGACAGCGCUGACGACUCACACGAAAUGAGCAAUGAUGAAAGGACGGUCAAAGCAGAAAAGAAAAAAAUAAAAAUUUACUUAAAGUUAAACGAAGGCCUAGAUAACAUAAAAGAUGAGUUGCGUCAAAUUGAAAAAGAAUUAAAAAAAAUUUUACACAAAGAGAGUCUUCACUUGAAUGCCUUCCAUAAGUUCAUUCAGGCAGACAGUCCUGCAUCUAGAACGACACACUCAGUGAACAACCUCCAACCGAAUCGCUCAACCGAUUCUGUUGUGGAAAAGCAGCCUCAGGAAAAUUGCCUAACAAAUAAUGCUAGAGGUAGCUCUACGUGUAGCAGUAGCUGUUGCAGCAGCUUAGUGGGAGGGGCGGACAAGGAAGAGCAGCUCGGCACUUCGAGGGGAGAUUCGCCCGGUCCUCCUGACGAGGGGGCCAUAUCCACCCACCUUAACCAGCCAACCCAUUUGAAUGGCGAGAAAAAGGAUCCAUUGGACGGAGACACACUGCUAAUUGAUACCAAAGUCAAAAGUGACUCAGUCCCUCCUAGGGGCCACGAACAGGCCCGACAUGUCACAGAUGUGAAGUCUCUUCCUGUGCAAAGUGACCCACAACCAAAUAGCCAAGUGGUCAACGCGGGUUCUUCCGCAGAAGCGAUUGGCGAGGACGCGAUUUGCGCGGCGGGGGAGACCACCGAAUUGGGGGAAGCGGGUCCUAAAAGUGAAGUUAGAGAAUUAGAAGAAGCUAGCAAAGUGGGAGAAGCGGAUUCUGUGAACGAAGUAGACGAUGGUGCAUCCGCCUCAGUGGGUGAAGCGUAUUCUGUGAAAGAAGCGGAAGAAGAGGGUUCUGUGAACGAAGUAGCAGAUGGUGCAUCCGCCUCAGUGGGUGAAGCGGAUUCCCAAAGUGGGGUUAGAUGCACGGAAGCGACAAAAAAGCUCGAAGGAACAGAAGAAUAUAACUUAGUCAAAGAGAUAAGCGAAGCCACCCAAGUCAAAGGAGCAGAAACACCCAAAGAGGACAAAGAAGUAGGUUCGCCGAACCAGGUAGAAGAAAUGACUCCCUCUGACCAAUUGAAAGAAGUAGACCCGCCCAGCAAAAACGCGAAGGAUGCCACAGAGGGUGUCGGAAAAGAUGCAGUAGAGAUGAAGAGGAGUAGCAAAGACGGAACCCAAAAGGAGGAUGAAGAAGAGGAGAAAAAUGAUCAAGGGGACGACGCGCACCGUGAUGGAGAAGAAGAACAACCAAGCAGCAGAGGCAAGGAAAACUCAUUCUUUAGCGCAAUACAAAACUUCAUGCGUAGGAGCAAAAAAAAAGUUCAGAAGGAACCUCCAAAAGAAAAAGGAAAAGAGGAACAAGCAGAAGUUUAUAACUUAAAAAAUGAAAACGAAAAAAUGAAAAACGAAAAAAUGAAAAACGAUGUAGACAGGGGUGAUGAUCAGCUAGACAAAAUGAAAAGCUCAAACGGUAACGACGCAGAUGUGGAUGUGCGUGCAAACAACGAGGACAACCCGAUCGACUCGAUCAAAUCUUACACGGGAAUACCGAGUGACGUUUCCGUUUAUACAAAUGCAAAGUCGGAGGGAGAAGCUGUUCACGUAGACAAGCCGGAGGGAAGUUGCUUAGGCGCAUUUACGAGUCAGGGUGACAGGGCGCCAACUGUGGGUCCAGGGGAGAAUGACCAGAAGGAGGACGAAAUGGGUGAAGAAAAAUGUGGCAGUGAGAGGAGACCCACAAAUGUAGACCCCACGGUCGUCAGAUGUAAAGAUAAAAGUGCAUCUAUUGAUUCUGGACAUACCCACCAAAGUGAAGACGGCGUAAAGGAUGAUGCAGGGGACGACGCAGAGGAUGACGCAGAGGACGACGCAGAGGAUGACGUGAAGGACGAUGCACAGGACGAUGCACAGGACGAGGUAAAGGAAGACGUGCAGGACAACGCAGACAAACCAGUGAUAGAUCCAACUGAUUGCACGAAAGAGCUCGAGACAAAAAUAAGUCACCAACAUAAACAGGAUCAGGUGAGCCAAAGCAAAAGCGCAAAUGAAGAUGCAUCUAGUGAGCAGAGUGGAGCAAGCGAAAGUGGUCCCAUUGGACAUGCCAUCGAAGCAGGAGAGAAGAGCGGUAGGGGAGGUGAGCAGCCUGCAAAAGGUAGGCACAAGGAACAGAGCGAACAACGUGAAGGAACUCCACAUGGAGACAACGAUAGCUACCUACAUGGAACACAAAAAGGGGGAGCUCCCGGAGAGGUGAGAGAUGAAGGGAAUGAUUUGGAGGACGGAAAAAUGGAAAUGGUAGAAGAUAUCGCGUCGGUGAAUGAUUCUGAGACAGCUGGAGAUGUGACGGACGAACCGAAUUUGAAGAGCCUUUGCGUGAGCGGAUCAGCCGAUAGCAACGCACAUGAAGGGCGCGACUCGGGGGGUGGAGGUUCGAACGAAUUGACUAAUCCAGGUUCAGCGCAAUUAAGUGAUAAAGGCUCAGAAAGGGGUUCCCUCGUUAGGGGGGCAGCAGAUUUGAAGGAAAACGACGUGAAAGAGACUCCAUCCAUUAGCGGGGCAAGCCAGUUCAAUAGGGACACUGCAAAGAAAAACUCGCACGAUAGCAGCGUAGGUGCGUGGACAGAAAACGCGCCCGAAAAAAACUCAUUCGUUAGCAGGGCAGCUGACUUGAAUGAAGACAGCAGAAGGAAGACUUCCCGUAUGAAUGGUCCAGACGAUUCGCGUGGAAAUGAGUCAAAGAGGGGCUCCUCAUAUGUUGAAAGGGAGAACCGCUCAGGUGAAGGAGACUCAAAGAGGGGUUCACUUGUUAGCGCAGAAGACCACUCCGGUGAACGAGACACAAACAGGGGUUCACUUGUUAGCGGAGAAGGCCAUUCCGGUGGAAGCAUUUCAAUGAGGGAUUCACUCACUGAGAGGACAAUCGAUUCGAAAGAAAAGGAGCCAAGAACGGGCUCAUAUAUGUGCGAGUCGGGCGAUUUGAUGGAGGAAGACACGAAAGACACAAAAGGGACGAAGGACACUUGGCAUAUGAAUAGACCUGCCGACGUGAGUGAAAGCAGCUCCGAAAAAGUACAUGAAGAUAUCUGCAUUAACCUGAGCGUUGACCAGGCAUGCGAUUCAAAUGAGACAAAAUCGGAUCCAUCCUUUACGAACUACAAAGUCAUUUCUAAUGCAAGCGGCGCAAAGGAGUCUAGAGCUGCCAGCCCAGACAGGACGAAAGAAAACUUGGGAAAUGAUAUGUGGGUGGGUACGCCUGGGCACGCACAUGGGAGCGAGGAAAGGAGGGCUUCAUAUAUUAUCGAUCCGGACUACUCCUAUGGAAGAAGCGUGAAGAACAGUUCGAAGAAGACAUCACUUAUUAACAGGACAGCCUACUCACACGAAAACGAUUCAUACCAACUCCGCAUAAACAACGCCACGGAAGUCUCUGCUGACAGGUCAGGUGAUUUUAUUCAAAAUGACACAAGUAAAACAACAGGGUCAUAUGCGGACCCCUCAGGGGAUACCAGUGAGAAAAAUUCCACAAGGGGAUCAUACGUUAGGAAGACAGCCGAUUUGAGUGAAAACAAGUCAAAGAGGGAUUCUCGCGUGGACAGGAAAAGCGCUACGAACGAGCGAAAUGAAUUUCAUUUUUUCAUUAACAACAGGUCAGGAAAUUCGAGUGUGAAAAAGAUGAAGAAGGGCUCACAUAUGGGCAGUUCAUCUGACUGGAAGGAAAACGACGCAGAUGAAUUGGGGGUAGGUAUCGUGAUGAGUGAACAUUGCGCCGAAGGAGUCUCGUAUGUGGACAGUUCGGUGGGCUUCGAGGGAACGAGAGGGUCUCAUGCGGAGGGGUCUAGAAAUGGUUCAUAUGUGGAGGGGUCUAGAAAGGGUUCAUAUGAAGAGGGGUCUAGAAAGGGUUCAUAUGAAGAGGGGUCUAGAAAGGGUUCAUAUGAAGAGGGGUCUAGAAAGGGUUCAUAUGUGGAGGGGUCUAGAAAGGGUUCAUAUGAGGAGGGGUCUAGAAAGGGUUCAUAUGAGGAGGGGUCUAGAAAGGGUUCAUAUGUGGAGGAGUCUAGAAAGGGGUCCCACACGAUCAGCGCUGAUCAUUCGAAUGAAAGGAGCGAAAGAACAACUUCCCAAAUUAGUAGUACAGAUGACUCGAGUGAGAGGAACCGAAGGAGGAAGCCUUCUCAUAUCGACAGGACGGGCAGCCUGAGUGAAACCAGUUCGAAGACGGGGUCAUACAUGGACGCUUGGGGGCAGAUGCGCACAAAGGACAAAUCAGUAUGUUAUAUGAACAGGUCAGGUGAUCUGAGGGGAAGCAGAUCGAGGAAGGACUCACACAUUAGCAGGAAAAGUGACGUGGGCCAAAGAAAGGGAAGCACAUCGUGGUUCAGUAGGUCAGGUGGGCUGAAGGAACACGACGAAAGUGCUCCUUCGCUCGUUGGAGAAUCAGGUGAUUUAGAUGAAGGUAAAACGAGGAAGACUUCAUUUGUGGAGGAACAAAGCCACUCGUACUUUAGCCGAUCGGGAGAGUUAAUGGGAAAGGGUUCAGGAAAAUUCAAAGUGAGAGCUUCAAAUAAAUUAAAUAUUAGCAGGGCUCCUUAUCUCCCUGGAAACGAUGCAGAAGGAAACUCCUAUAUUAAUAAGGCAGGCUACCCCCAUGAGAGCAGCCAAAUGGAAGAACGUACAAACAGCACAACGAGGUUAAGUGUUGAAUGGCCAGGAAAUGUAACCGAAAAGAGGGCAGUGCAAAUGUCACCCAGUGGAGGUAAUUCUAUUGAAAACGAUUUGAAGAAAUGGAGCCUUAGCACAUCAAAUAGGGGUUCAUCAUGUGUAAACAAGUCCGAUGAUUCAAAUAGAAAGGACUUCAAAAAAGUAGCAGGAGAUGGGGAGAACAAGAUAAGAGACAACAGUUCAGGCCAGUUGCAUGAAGACAUCUCAAAUGAACUAUGCACAGAAGGAGAGCCAUCGUUGAGUAUAACCAAUUUGAGUAGAAUAAGUGGAGACAAGUCAAACAGGGAGGUCUUCACCGAUAUGGUAAUGCCUUCCAGUGAGAGCGGAGGUAGGAAGACUACUCACAUCAUGAACAGGACAGGGGGGUUGAAUGAAAGUACUGCAAGGAAGACGUCCGACAUGAACGACGUAGAUAAUUUUGAGGACAACACAAACGAAUCCAUCGUUAGCAUAUCGGUAGGGUCAAACAAAGGCAACACCAAGAAGGGUUCAUUUAUUAAUAAGUUAGACCGUUUGAGUGAGGACCAUUCGAAGAGCCAGCCUAUUGAUGGUGUUGGCGAUUCGAAUGAAACGAGCCAAAGGAAAACGGCCCCAAUUGGUAGUCCAGAUGACUGGAGCGAGCAAAAUGGAAGGAAGGGCUCGCAUACUAACAGGGUAUACAACUCAAACGAAAACGAAUUAAAGGAAGAAUCGAGCAUUAACAACUCAGGUGAUUUAAUUGUAAACGGUAAUGGGGAGGCGUCCUACACAGACAUGUCAGGCGAUUUAAUUGUAAACGGUAAUGGGAAGACGUCCUACGCAGAAAAGUCAGACGAUUAUAAUGAACACAACAAGGGUGAAGUCACUGGGGUAAAGGAAACAAAUGAUUCGAAGGAAGAAAGCACAAACGAAUUGGACACAGACGGUGCGACGAAAUUGUUAGACAACACUUCAGCCCAUUUAGUAAAACAAAAUGGAAGGAAGACGCCCCCACAUAUGAAUAGGUCAAACGCUUCCAACGAAAUAAACACGAGGAUGGACGACUCGUGUUUUGAGAGGUCAAUCCAUUUAAGUGAAAACGGGUCGAGGGAGACCUCACAUGAUUUGAAGUCAGAGCAAGACGAGAUCGCCAACAAGAUAGCUGACUCAAAUGAAAACGACUCAACCAUGGCAUGUAUUAACAAUACAAUUGAAACAAAUGAAAGCAGCUCUGAGGGGGUUUCCUACGUUGUUAGUGAUUUGACCGAUGUGAGCGAAAGCAAUACGAAGAAGGGUUCAUUUGUUGAGAGGUUAGACCUUUUGAACGUGGACCACUCGAAGAGCUUCUCCACUGGGAAGGAUGACCGUUUUAAUGAUGAAAGGGAGAGAGGGUCCCGCAUGAGCACGGUUGGUCAUUUAAAUGAAAUACACAACAACUCAUCGCUCACGAAUCGACAUGGUCAAUUGGAUGAGAAGAGGGAACAAGAUUUUUCCACCACUAUGUUACCUGGUGCAGAUGAAAUAAACGACAUCGCUUCGCACUCAAAUGGGGCUGAUGAAUUAGCCCAGAACAGCGAUCACUACCCCUGCAUUAACAAGUCAGGUGAUAUGGACAAAACGAAAGAUCACACUUUGCUGGAGAGCCGGGUCGGCACCUCGCGCGAAACGCAGCAGACGGGGGAAUCCGAGGCAAGUGAUGCAGUCAGUGAAGGCCAAAAGCCGAUUAAAAAAUUGAGGGAGUAUUUUGUGAGUGGAAAAAACGACUCAGGGUUGUUGGAAGACAGCACGAGGGGUGUAAGUGGGGGGCUACGCGAAAGGGGUACAAACGAAAAAGGCACAAACGAAAAAGGAACAAACGAAAAAGGAACAGACGAAAGGGGCAACUCUCAGCAUUUUAAAAACUUCCAGGGGAAAUAUAAAUUUCAAAUGAACAUGAAGGAGGAGGAAAUAAACGAAUUGCAGAAAAAGUUAAAGGACGAAUUUCAAAUGCUACACGAAAUGAGCAAAAAGAAAAACAGCCUGAAAAAUAUUUUAGAAAAUUGUGUGCAUGUAAAGUGUGUGGAUAGUUCUAAGGAAGCGAUUGACGAGGAGCAGUACGAUCGAGUUGAUUUGAAAGACACCCUAAGUGGAUGUAGAAGUGGAAAGGAACAUACUGGAGGUGACGCAACGGGGAAAGUGCACGCGAAGGGGCCUUUGGCUGACGUUCAAGAUGAAAGCGCAUUUGAAGAUACACGGCCCGAGGAGGCAUUCGACAUGUCCAACUUUUCCACCGAGAUGAGUAACCGCGAAAUGAAGAAGCUGAGAAAGUGGAAGGUGAGUCACAUCCUGGAGAGCAGUCCCAACUCACUGAUGAUAUCGAAGGAGCACAAAGACGAUUGGCUCUCAUCCGACGUCCUCUUAUGGUGUUUCUUGAACUUUAUAAAAUUGAAGAAGAUCGUCAGUAUAACUGAGUUGUCGGUUAAGUUUCAAACGAAGCGGGAGAACAUACGGAGAAAACUCAAAGAACUCGAAGAACACGACAUGAUCCAGGGGGUCAUGGAUAUGGAAGAGAAUUAUAUCUACUUGUCCCAGGAGGAGGUGACAAAACUGUGCGUGGAGAUCCUUUCCAUUGAAAACAUAAAAACGCACGAGGAUUUCGUGGAAAUAUGCAACAAGGUCAUAUCUCUCAGUAUCAACGAUCAGGAUGUGCAAAAAUUGAAGGAAGUGGAGGAAAAAAUUGUUGAAGCGAAUAAAAAAAGAUAUUCCGAUUUUGCCUGCACAACCUGA